AUGCAAGGGUUUCAGAUGCUGCGGACCCGAGUCGCCACGGGCGCCAUCGGAGGUGUUCGACACAAUUCUGGCCUCGCCAGUUUCAUGAACCUGCAAAAGGAAAUCAGCAAGAUCCCUAAGACGGACGCCGAGGAGCUGAACAAGGCCCGAGAGACCCAGAGACAGAUCGACCAGAGCGCCAAGGGUAAGGAGGUGGUGCGACACUACGUCCAUGUGACCGCUACCAAGAACAACUUGCACAUCUGCGCUACCGACGAGUUUGUUGACAAGUCCUUCAUUCCCGAGAGCAUUGACGAGAAGCUGCUGCAGAAGGUGCGAGCCCCCCAGGAGGUGCGAUUCCACAUUUCUUGCGGACAUCUCGGCAUUAAGAAGAAGGAGCGAGGAGAGUACGAUGGAGCCUUCCAGACCAGUGUCCGAGCCUUUGAGCUGCUCGAGAAGAAGGGCAUGCUGACCCGACCCGUCGAGGUUGUUGUCCGAGGCUUUGGACGAGGCCGAGAGGGUUUCUUUGCCGCUCUCACUGCCCCUGAGGGAGAGAAGGUGGCCUCCAAGGUCGACCGUCUGUCUGACCGAACCAAGCUCAACCAGGGAGGUACCCGACCUCCUGGACGACGACGAGUCUAA